AUGACAACACCACCACCACCACCACCAUUACCACCAUCAUCACCACCACCACCACUACCACGAUGUCCCUUGCCGAUUGAAGCCCUCUCACAGCCCUUGAGGGCCCAUGGGCUAUCCCAGCUCACCACCAGCCUCUACAUAGGUAAUGCCAUGGCCGCUAACAACAGGCAACUGCUAUCCACUAAUCAAAUCACUACAGUAGUCAAUAUCUCAGCGCAAACUAACACGUUUAUUGAGGGCAUUCAGUACCUGAAGGUACCUGUGGCUGACUCCCCCAGAGCGCGCAUAGGCAAUUUCUUCGAUGCUAUCGCCGAUUACAUCCAUAACGUAGAGCUGCGCCAAGGCCGCACACUGGUGCACUGCCGAGCAGGCAUCAGCCGCUCCGCCACGGUGUGCAUUGCCUUUCUGAUGAAAUACCAUUCCAUGUCACUUAUAGAAGCUUAUACUUGGAUCAAGGCCUGUCGUCCCAUUAUACGCCCGAACAUAGGCUUUUGGGACCAGCUAAUUCGAUACGAAUUCAAACUCUUCACCAAAAACACCGUGCAAAUUAUUGACACUCCGCUUGGAAAGAUACCAGAUGCAUACCAGAAGGAGUUUCAGAUGAUGAUGUCCACGUGA